GCCUGUCAGUCACGUCCAUACAGAGACGCAGUAGUUUCAGGUUUUAGUGAGUAUUUUAUAGUUUAAAGAUGCUUCAACAUUUUUCUGAGCAAGAGGACAUGGUGACGGUUAUCUACGAGAUUGCAGACACUGUUAGAGGUCAUGACCCCGACACAGAGAAGGAAAAAUCUGAUACAGAGAGACGCGCAGGAGAACAACACACAGGAGGAGACACUGCAUGCAGCAGGUGUUGCAGACUGACUGCAGUGUGUGUGGUGCUGCUGCUGUGUGUUCUCCUGCUGGCUGCCAUCACAGUGCUGUGGAUCAAAUUCUACAUCCUGAAUAUAGAACACACCCAGCUCCAGACCAGUUACAACAACCUGACUAAAGAGAGAGACCAGUUACAGUCCAGUUACAACAACCUGACUAAAGAGAGAGACCAGUUACAGUCCAGUUACAACAACCUGACUAAAGAGAGAGACCAGUUACAGUCCAGUUACAACAACCUGACUAAAGAGAGAGACCAGUUACAGUCCAGUUACAACAACCUGACUAAAGAGAGAGACGAGUUACAGUCCAGUUACAACAACCUGACUAAAGAGAGAGACCAGUUACAGUCCAGUUACAACAACCUGACUAAAGAGAGAGACCAGUUACAGUCCAGUUACAACAACCUGACUAAAGAGAGAGACCAGUUACAGUCCAGUUACAACAACCUGACUAAAGAGAGAGACCAGUUACAGUCCAGUUACAACAACCUGACUAAAGAGAGAGACCAGUUACACUCCAGUUACAACAAUCUGACUAUAGAGAGAGACCAGUUACAGUCCAGUUACAACAACCUGACUAAAGAGAGGGACCAGUUACAGUCUAGUUACAACAACUUGACUAUAGAGAGAGACCAGUUACAGUCCAGUUACAACAACCUGACUAAAGAGAGGGACCAGUUACAGUCUAGUUACAACAACCUGACUAUAGAAAGAGACCAGUUACAGUCCAGUUACAACCUGACUAAAGAGAGAGACCAGUUACAGUCCAGUUACAACAACCUGACCAUAGAGAGAGACCAGUUACAGUCCAGUUACAACAACCUGACUAUAGAAAGAGACCAGUUACAGUCCAGUUACAACCUGACUAAAGAGAGAGACCAGUUACAGAAGGAGAGAGAUGGAUACCAGAAGACACUUUGUGAUUUAUAUAAAUGGAGGUGUUUCAGUUUUAACUCCAGUUUUUAUGUCAUGUCUAACGAGAGCAAGAGCUGGGAGGAGAGCAGAAAGGACUGCAUGGACAAAGGAGCAGACCUGCUGAUCAUAAACAGCAAAGAGGAACAGGAGUUCAUCGGUAAACAGCUGGUCAGGCAUGAGACUUGGAUUGGUCUGAGUGACAGAGAAAAAGAGGGAGAGUGGAAAUGGGUGGACGGUACACCACUGACCACUGCCUUCUGGAAUGGAGGGGAACCGAAUGAUAAAGGUGGUGAAGACUGUGUUGUGAUUUACGCUUCAUCUUCCUCUACCUGGAAUGACAGUCAUUGUUCUAAGAAAUUUCCAUGGAUCUGUGAGAAACCUCAAUGAUGUUUAUAAUUUUAAAUGAAAAGUGCUUAUACAUAAACUGAGCUAAAUAUAUCCAAUAUCAAAGACAAUAUUUUGAUGAUAAUUGUGUUUUAGUGUCUGCUCUUGUUUUUUUUUUCAGUAAUUAUUCAAGUGCACAGAGACUGUUUAUGUUUUUUUCUAUAUCUCAUAGAUGUAUUGUAUAUUAUGAUUCUGAUGCAGUACAUUUGUAGAUCAUGGUGAUGGAAGCAGUAUAAUUGAGAUUAUUAGUGGUGCUUGCUAUGCAAAGCAUCACUAUUACUAUUCCUUAUACUUCUUCUUCUCCUUCUUCUUCUUCUUCUUCUUCUUCCGUACAAAUUUUGUCCACUAUCUAGUCCCGCACCGUUUGUCGAAUGAGGUGUCAAAUCGUGCGGCUUGUUCGGGAAAGAUGUGCUAUGACUUUUAUAAGCAAUUGGAAUUACGGUAUUCCCAGUAGUUCAAAGUUCAAAGUGGAAUUUUUUCCCCUAGACUUCCAUUCUAAAUUUUGGAGGUUUAUAACUCUAUCUAUCCAUUCAAUAUUAAGUGGAAUCACAAAGUUAGUGCAGUAUAGACAUGUGACAUAUCCACACACUCAGCACAAUGAGGGGAACUGCGGGACGUCUGUUCUGGUCACAUAUACACUUGCCUCCAUAGUAUUGGCACCCUAUGUCUAAUGCUAAUGUUAAGGCUAAUGCUAAAUUGAAUGUUAAUGCUAAUGUUGAUGCUAAUGCUAACGUUAAUGCUAACUUUAAUGCUAAUCCGAAUGCUAAUGCUAAGGUUAAUGCUAAAGCUAAUGCUAACAUACACAUGUGACAUAUCAAAACACUCAGCACAAUGUGGGGAAAUGCGUCACGGACGAGUUUUGGCACGGCAAGCACCACUAACAUUUUCUUCGGGAAAUGUACAUGUCUAAUUGUAUUUAAAGUUUAUCUCAGUAUCUCUGACUUAAUGUUAAUUCAGCACAAACUUAAGCUUAAUCAAAUGUGUAUUAUAUCUUUCUGCUUCUACAGCAGGGGUCUCCAACAUGUCACUAGGAGUCCUUCGCCUAAAGGUUCAUAGAAUAUGUACAAAAUUGUUCAAAUCAAAUUUACUCAAUAAACCUGUUCAAUCUCAAUCAAAUUCACAGACAUCCUCCACUUUCUGAUGGUGUACUGAAAUCUGACUCCACAGACAAAUCAUCCUCCUCUCUGUGUGCACGCUCAUCACACAGUUUAAUACAGCUGUUUAUCAAUCGAUUUCUUACACAGCUAGCACCAUGACCGUGCAUGGAAUCAUCAUAUAAAUUUAAAUCUAUAAGCACAAAUUGAGGUAGUUUGUAUAAAGGAUAAAGAAAAAACAUAGCAGAUACAUUCAACUUAAAAAUAAAGCUAGGAUUCUGCCAAAGCAAAACUUGGGAACAGAUGUGUGAUCAGUGUGAAUGUGAGUGGGCAAGUGUGUGUAUAUAAUGCAAAGGGAAAUCCGGUGAGGUCAUUUUUGUAGGAUGUGGUGAAUUUUGGGAGUUUGUUGAGUUUAAAGACAACACAGAACUCCCCUAAAUGUUUACUCUGGGAUUAAAAUGAUGAUAAACUAGGGAAACAUGCAGUGUGAUGGUCUAAUAUGGCCAAAUAUUUUCAGACACCUGAUCAUAUCACUCAUAUGUACUUGUUCAAAUCCCCCACUCCCCACUCCUAUUGUUGUUAUAAUUUCCUCCUCUCUUCUGGGAAACUCUUUUCAGGUUUUCCAGUAGAUUUUGGAAAAUGUAUCCACAAGAUCACAAAGUUGGGAAAGAUGGCUUAGCAUGCAAAUGGUGUUCCAUGUCUUCAUGGAGCUUGCUUUGUGUACAGGAGCAGUGUCAUGGUGGAACAGUUCUGGGCCCUUUACUUCCAGUCAAGGGAAAUCGGAAUGUUAGGGCUUACAAGGACAUUCUAUACAAUUGUGUGUUUCCAACUUUGGGGAAGAACCACAUAAGAGCAUGAUGGUCAGGUGUCCAUAUACUUUUGGUCACAUAGUGUAUAGACAUUUCCUCUGCAGCCUCUCUUUUUUUCCGUCACUCUAAGCUAAUAAGAAAGAAAUAAAAAACACAUGUCUUGUUAGUGAGAAACCACAAACUUCUCUGUCCUGUGUUCAGUUGUCAGUGUGAACUUUUUUCAUUUUUUGAAAUAGAGCAGAGGUGAACCCUGAUCUUAGAUCUGUGGACCCUGUGUCAUACAGUCUCCUGCAUAAAAGCUUCUGAAAAAGCAAAUCAACAGAUAAUUCCAGAUAAUGCCGUAACCUAUAAACUGAUUAAUACGAUAGUAAUAAAUCUGGUAUAAAUAUAAUAUAAAUAUAAUAAAUAAAAUAUAUAAUGAAUAUAAAAUAUAAAGUCUUAAAACAGGUGAAAGGUGUAAUAGCUUUGUGUAAUGAUGUUAUGAGAAAGAACAAUAAAGAUUAACUGGAACAAUACAUCAUUGUAAAACAAGAUUAUUUUCAUAUUUAAGCAACUGCUGGACUCUAACAAGAACAUCUACUAGAUGUGUAAAUUCAGCAGUCAAAUGUUCUUCACAGUUUGACCACAAGAAGCUAUUGAUGCCCCCUGCUCUAUGACUCACUUCCUUCACUGACAGCAGAACAUUUAUAGAUUAAAUAUGCCUCAAUGUUUUUUUGAGCGAGUAGAGCUGGUGGUGGAUAUCUACGAGACUGCAGACACUGUUAGAGGUCAUGCCCCCGACACAGAGAAGGAAAAUUCUGAUGCAGAGAGACGACUAGAAGAACAACACACAUGUACAAAAUGUUUAAGUACAAAAUGUUCCUUAAUGUAGAGAAGCAGUAAUGUAAACUGUUUACAAUUACAGAUCUAUCUCGUGUUGCACUGCUAUCUAGAGUUUAAGUUGCCUUUUUAAAUGUCCUUUACAGCAUUUAGCAGACCCUCAUCCAGUAUAAAUUACUGAAGUGCUUUGUAGUCUUAAUUAAAAACACAGAUCACUAGGUCAAGGACUAAGAGUAAUAUUGAGAAAAAAAACUAUUUAUAUUAUCGACCUAAGCUGUAAUCA